CAGCAUGGUCCUGGUGCACGUCGGAUACCUGGUGCUGCCCGUCUUCGGCUCCGUGCGCAACAGAGGUGCUCCCUUUCAAAGGUCUCAGCAUCCCCAUGCUACCUCCUGCCGGCAUUUCCACCUGGGUCCCCAGCCUCAGCUCUCCGCCGACUUCACCCUGCCUCACGCGGUGCAGCCCCAGCCGGGGCUGACCCCUCACAUGGCCCCUGCACACCAGCACAGUGGCCCCCUGCACCAGCCCCUGGCCCCAGUGCCACCCCUGCCCUUCCAGGACGUCGCUGGACCCUCCUUCCUACCUCAGGCGCUACACCAGCAAUACCUCCUCCAGCAGCAGCUCCUCGAGGCACAGCACCGCCGGCUCAUGCCCCAUCCCAGGCGGGCUCAAGAGCGCAUGUCUGUCCAGCCUCACCGCCUACACCCCAGCUUCGACUUCAGCCACCAACUGCAGACUCCACAACCCAUGGGGCCCCAGCCCAGGUAUUUAGCAGAAGGCACGGACUGGGACCUCAGUGUCGAUGCGGGACUGACUCACGCCCAGUUCCAGGUCCGUCCCGUCCCUCAGCCAUAUCAGCAUUACUUAGCCACACCUCGGAUGCACCAUUUCCCCAGAAGCACAUCCUCAACGCAGAUGGUUGUUCAUGAAAUCAGAAAUUACCCUUACCCUCAACUUCAGUUGCUUGCUCUUCAGGGGCUGAACCCAAGCAGGCACACAUCUGCUGUGCGGGAGAGCUAUGAAGAGCUGCUGCAGCUGGAGGACAGGCUGGGCAGUGUGAGCCGGGGCGCCGUCCAGAACACCAUUGAGAGAUUCACCUUCCCCCACAAGUACAAGAAGGCUAGGAAGCUGCGGGCCAAAUUUUCAAAGGGGUCUCAACCUUCUCCCACCCAGCGGGUGCAAUUUCCCCCCUGUCCGCACCUGAGAAGACCACAGGAAGGCAAAGCUGAGCAAGACGAUGGAGAGGAGUCAGACACCGAUGAGAAGUGCACAAUCUGUCUGUCCAUGCUUGAAGACGGAGAAGACGUCAGGCGGUUGCCUUGUAUGCAUCUCUUCCACCAAGUGUGCGUGGACCAGUGGCUGGCCACCAGCAAGAAGUGCCCGAUCUGCAGGGUGGACAUUGAAACACAGCUCGGCUCAGACAGCUGAAAGGACUGGCUGGACACACCAUUUUCCUUACCAGGUCGUAUGGCCAUAGACCCUUGCAGCAAAAUUUUUGCCUUCUGAGCCAUUUGAUUGAGAGGGGAAGUCUGCAGGCACGUUAGUGAGGAGGAGGAGGAGGUGGUGGUACAAUAUCUAGCAGUAGGAGAUAUUGCACAUACGCAGGAUACAGGCCCAGUGAAAGGGAGCUGGCAUUCCCGGAGCUCAGAGACCCCGUGCUGCAGAAGAUUUAGUGUUGAAUAUGAAGGAACUAGUUGUGGUAGCCUGGCCUGUCAAUCCUGCACUUCAUGGGGAUUGUAUAUAUACCUCUUGAAUAUGUAGAAACAUGUUAGGGGUCCUUUAGCUAUUUCUAUGGAUGGCAGCUGGAGCAUGUUAGCUUAAGAAAUGUUGUGUUUGAUGCCCUACUCAUCUUGUGGUGGACAUGUUGCUGUUACCUAUUUUGCACCAAAUAUUUUUUCAUAGAUUCCUUAUUUUGGUGCCUGAUUAAUACAUUGCAGAGGGGGAAUAAAGAGGUCAAACUUUCCCACCCUUGGGGUGGGGGAAGAGGAGAAAAAGCAAAAUCCUGUUUACAGUCAGAAGGGUUUGCGCUCUUUGCCUCAGCCGCGUGUGCUUCUUUCCCUUGCAUUUACAGUGUGUUGCAAAUUUAGAGAAGCUUAAAGAAAUAAAAAUUGGGGAUAAAACGAGCGAAGCAAUAGGGAGAAGCUUCGUUCCUGCUUGUCUGCUGGUGCUGGACACUUUCUGUAGGGGCAUAAUAUUGGACUAGAUGCUGUUUCUUUGCUUUCUGUAUCUUUAACAAAGUAGCUUGUCAUAUCAAAAUCCAAGGAAGAUCUGUCUAUUUGAUUGCCAUUGUCUGUGAUGCUUUCUCCUGUGAGCUGUGUGACUGGUUGGCUUCACCAGCUCCAAAGUGAUGGUUACUGGAGUGGGUGCCUACAGCUGUGCUUUGGGGUAUAAUAACACCAGAGAAGUGCUGAGAGGUGCAAAACAUCGACUCUUCUUCCAUGCAAAGGCAUCUCUGAUAACAGGGCAGAAGAAAACUCGAUGCUCUCAAGGCACUGCUGAGACCAUGAGCACUUGGGCGUGGGAGGGGGAGGGAGGUUGGAAGUGGGGUUGCUGCUUUUUUGGAGGUUUGCUGCUGGGUUGUGACCUGCCUCAAAGAAUGUGUACCUGCACCCGUGUGAGCUUGUGUACAUGUUUCAGGCUGUAUCCACACGGAGUAAUCAGUGGUUGUUAAAACACAACUUAAUCACAUUAACACUCAAAACAGAAUUAAGAGGCAAUACCCGAAGGAGCGAGCUGUUGUGAUCCACGCUCCCCCUGAAAAAAAACACCUCAGCAUGCCAACCACAGGGACCGAGUGGAAAACCCUCCGGAAAACCGACAUUCACAACCAAAACAUUCUUUUUCUUUCCUUUUUUUUUUUUUUUUUUUUUUUUUUUAAAUUUCGUACUAGGGGAGUGAAAGAGCUGCAGAGGAGCAGCAGGGGAAUUAGUCAGGAACAUUAUGUAUUGAAAUUUCUGAUGUGGUGGGAAUGAUUUCUGGCUCCCCUGAGCAUCCGUUUCGCUGGAGCCAAGUGAUGCUCUCCAAGUAGAAUCAAUCAUAAACCACUAUCUGAGAAAUCGGAAGAUUCCCAUGAGCUGUAAUUGGAAAACACCAACCUCAGAGGCACCACAGAGACUUCUUUUUUUUUCCCAAAGGGAGAGGGGAGAGAAAGAGGGAAUCCCCACAGACGUGCAGGUGCAGGAGCCUCUCUCUUCAUGUGUCCGUGUAGGUAGGAGGGAGGGGAGUGGGACACUUGGUAGGGAAAACAAAAGGAAAAAAUUUUUGGCUG